AUGCAGACUCUGACCGCCACACUUCUCUGCGUGCUCGUAGUAGCUGCAUUCGCUGCACCCCCGAAUUUUAGCCAUAAUUUCAAUACAAAUACUUUCAUCCCCAUCGUAGCUUCGCAGCUGGAUGGACCAAAUCCUGAUGGUUCAUACAGCUACAGCUAUCAGACUGGAAAUGGCAUUCAGGCGCAGGAGCAGGGUCAGCUUUUCCAGAUCGCCAAAGACGAGGACGCUAUUCGCGUUCAGGGAUCUUUCAGCUAUUCUGAUGCCAGCGGCAAUCCUGUCAGUCUGAGCUACAGCGCUGAUGAAAAUGGUUUCCAUCCUCAGGGCGAGCAUCUGCCAGUCGCGCCUCCAAUCCCCGAUGCUAUUCUGAAAGCGUUGGAGUACAAUGCUCAGCAUCCCGAGGAAGACAACUUAUAGAAGCAUUAUAUUAACAUACA